AUCGUAGAAACCGAAUAAUAUUCAAGAUGAUGCAAUAUGAAGAAGAAGGCGAAACGUUGAAGGAUAAAUCCCGGUGCGCGAACGUUCGCGCCGAUCUCAAAGUGUGUUUGCUUCAAAGCGACUGUUGUAAAAUCUACAAACGUACUCCUAGAGAAUGCCUUCGUGCUCAAGAUGGCACAGUUCCUGAUGAAUGUUUUGCUUUGCGCAAUACAUUUUUUGAGUGUAAGCAUUCUAUAAUUGAUGGCAGACGGCGAUUUAGGGGCCCUAAAGGAUACUAAAUAUCCAAAUAAUUAUUUUAUAUAUGUGAUAUAUAUAAUAACAUAAUGUGGAUGCAAUGAUUGUUUUGUGAGGUAAUAAUUAUGUAUAUAUUAACAAAAAGAACUUGGAGAAGUAUAAGUGUACAUUUUAUUAAUAAGGAAAGAAAAAUAAAAUAUUUAAUGUUAGAAGUAAUUUAUUGUUAUUCGUUGUACAUUAUUUAAUAAAUGUAUUAAUAAAUGUGUUAUACUUGCGUAACAAUGUACCAUA